GGAAGCUGAUUGGGUGUGGCCGCCGUGGCCGGACGCCGCUCGGGGGACGUGAGAGGGGAGGCGGGAAACAGCUUAGUGGGUGUGGGGUCGCGCAGUUCCUUCAGCCAGGAGGUGAGGAGGUUUCGACAUGGCGGUCCAGCCGAAGGAGACGCUGCAGUUGGAGAGCGCGGCCGAGGUCGGCUUCGUGCGCUUCUUUCAGGGCAUGCCGGAGAAGCCGACCACCACGGUGCGCCUUUUCGACCGCGGCGACUUCUAUACGGCGCACGGCGAGGACGCGCUGCUGGCCGCCCGGGAGGUGUUCAAGACCCAGGGGGUGAUCAAGUACAUGGGGCCGGCAGGAGCAAAGAAUCUGCAGAGUGUUGUGCUUAGUAAAAUGAAUUUUGAGUCUUUUGUAAAAGAUCUUCUUCUGGUUCGUCAGUAUAGAGUUGAAGUUUAUAAGAAUAGAGCUGGAAAUAAGGCAUCCAAGGAGAAUGAUUGGUAUUUGGCAUAUAAGGCUUCUCCUGGCAAUCUCUCUCAGUUUGAAGACAUUCUCUUUGGUAACAACGACAUGUCAGCUUCCAUUGGUGUUGUGGGUGUUAAAAUGUCUGCAGUUGAUGGCCAGAGACAGGUUGGAGUUGGGUAUGUGGAUUCCAUACAGAGGAAACUAGGACUGUGUGAAUUCCCUGAUAAUGAUCAGUUCUCCAAUCUUGAGGCUCUCCUCAUCCAGAUUGGACCAAAGGAAUGUGUUUUACCCGGAGGAGAGACUGCUGGAGACAUGGGGAAACUGAGACAGAUUAUUCAAAGAGGAGGAAUUCUGAUCACAGAAAGAAAAAAAGCUGACUUUUCCACAAAAGACAUUUAUCAGGACCUUAACCGGUUGUUGAAAGGCAAAAAGGGAGAACAGAUGAAUAGUGCUGUAUUGCCAGAAAUGGAGAAUCAGGUUGCAGUUUCAUCACUGUCUGCGGUAAUCAAGUUUUUAGAACUCUUAUCAGAUGAUUCCAAUUUUGGACAGUUUGAACUGACUACUUUUGACUUCAGCCAGUACAUGAAAUUGGAUAUUGCAGCAGUCAGAGCCCUUAACCUUUUUCAGGGUUCUGUUGAAGAUACCACUGGCUCUCAGUCUCUGGCUGCCUUGCUGAAUAAGUGUAAAACCCCUCAAGGACAAAGACUUGUUAACCAGUGGAUUAAACAGCCUCUCAUGGAUAAGAACAGAAUAGAGGAGAGAUUGAAUUUAGUGGAAGCUUUUGUAGAAGAUGCAGAAUUGAGGCAGACUUUACAAGAAGAUUUACUUCGUCGAUUCCCAGAUCUUAACCGACUUGCCAAGAAGUUUCAAAGACAAGCAGCAAACUUACAAGAUUGUUACCGACUCUAUCAGGGUAUAAAUCAACUACCUAAUGUUAUACAGGCUCUGGAAAAACAUGAAGGAAAACACCAGAAAUUAUUGUUGGCAGUUUUUGUGACUCCUCUUACUGAUCUUCGUUCUGAUUUCUCCAAGUUUCAGGAAAUGAUAGAAACAACUUUAGAUAUGGAUCAGGUGGAAAACCAUGAAUUCCUUGUAAAACCUUCAUUUGAUCCUAAUCUCAGUGAAUUAAGAGAAAUAAUGAAUGACUUGGAAAAGAAGAUGCAGUCAACAUUAAUAAGUGCAGCCAGAGAUCUUGGCUUGGACCCUGGCAAACAGAUUAAACUGGAUUCCAGUGCACAGUUUGGAUAUUACUUUCGUGUAACCUGUAAGGAAGAAAAAGUCCUUCGUAACAAUAAAAACUUUAGUACUGUAGAUAUCCAGAAGAAUGGUGUUAAAUUUACCAACAGCAAAUUGACUUCUUUAAAUGAAGAGUAUACCAAAAAUAAAACAGAAUAUGAAGAAGCCCAGGAUGCCAUUGUUAAAGAAAUUGUCAAUAUUUCUUCAGGCUAUGUAGAACCAAUGCAAACACUCAAUGAUGUGUUAGCUCAGCUAGAUGCUGUUGUCAGCUUUGCUCAUGUGUCAAAUGGAGCACCAGUUCCGUAUGUACGACCAGCCAUUUUGGAGAAAGGACAAGGAAGAAUUAUAUUAAAAGCAUCCAGGCAUGCUUGUGUUGAAGUUCAAGAUGAAAUCGCAUUUAUUCCUAAUGACGUAUACUUUGAAAAAGAUAAACAGAUGUUCCACAUCAUUACUGGCCCCAAUAUGGGAGGUAAAUCAACAUAUAUUCGACAAACUGGGGUGAUAGUACUCAUGGCCCAAAUUGGGUGUUUUGUGCCAUGUGAGUCAGCAGAAGUGUCCAUUGUGGACUGCAUCCUGGCCCGGGUAGGGGCUGGUGACAGUCAAUUGAAAGGAGUCUCCACGUUCAUGGCUGAAAUGUUGGAAACUGCUUCUAUCCUCAGGUCUGCAACCAAAGAUUCAUUAAUAAUCAUAGAUGAAUUGGGAAGAGGAACUUCUACCUACGAUGGAUUUGGGUUAGCAUGGGCUAUAUCAGAAUACAUUGCAACAAAGAUUGGUGCUUUUUGCAUGUUUGCAACCCAUUUUCAUGAACUUACUGCCUUGGCCAAUCAGAUACCAACUGUUAAUAAUCUACAUGUCACAGCACUCACCACUGAAGAGACCUUAACUAUGCUUUAUCAGGUGAAGAAAGGUGUCUGUGAUCAAAGUUUUGGGAUUCAUGUUGCAGAGCUUGCUAAUUUCCCUAAGCAUGUAAUAGAGUGUGCUAAACAGAAAGCCCUGGAACUUGAGGAGUUUCAGUACAUUGGAGAAUCACAAGGAUAUGAUAUCAUGGAACCAGCAGCAAAGAAGUGCUAUCUGGAAAGAGAGAACCUCAGAGUGACAGAGCCAAAAGACCAGUGCCUCAUUUUGCUGACAUGGAAAAGGAAACUUCGUGGGGGAAAGAGAUCUGCUUGCAGUUGGCCAGAGAGAAAGAACCGGGUCAGCGACAGUCUCACUCUGUCGCCCAGGCUGGAGUGCAGUGGUGCGAUCUUGGCUCAUUACCACCUCUACCUCCCAGGUUUAAGCCAUUCUCCUGCCACAGCCUCCCAAGUAGCUGGGACUACAGGAGGAGAUUUUAAAAGGAAGUCUCUGGUGGUUUGUAAAGCAACGAAUCCUGCUCUCAAGUGGAUAGUUCCAAGCCCUCUCAAUGAAUUCAGUUUUAUACACCUGGAGAAGCACCCCCUCGUCCUUUCCAUGGAGCUACAAGCUGCAUCUGGGGGGGCUCAGUGCCCAGGCUGAGGGGGCACACAGAGCCCUCAGGGACGACUCAAUGCACAGAGGCCACUGCUUAAGGGCCCAGCUCCCUCCAACUGAGGUGUCCCCAUGCUUGGCCUUCCCACAGAAGCCAGCCUGGUUGGCUGCUUCAAAGGAGGAAUAAAGAUGAGGAGCCAUGAUGAAAACAAACCCACACCUUUCAGCUGCAGCCAGGGAGGUGCUCUAGAGGCCCACGGGGAGCUGUGUGUCUGCUUUGCUAGCCCCUGACAUGCACCUGUCCUAUGGGCUGGUGCCCACAGCACCUCAGCACAUGGGUCUCUCUCUCUUUUCAUCCAGCCCAAAAUGUCAAAGCACAAGGGUCUCUGUCAGGGCCUGGCUGUGGUCACUGGACUGCGGCUGAGGGGUAAGGCGCACCCCUCCUCUAAUGGGGGCACACCCCUCCUCUAAUGGGGGUGGGGCUGGAACUAACGGCACAUUCCACUCUCAGCUGCCACAGACAGACGGGGAGGUUGAUGGCCCGCACACAGGAAGUGAGGGAUGGUGGGGACUGAAUUUAUGGAGCCCCUAUCCCAGACCAAGCACUCUGCUGGUACUUUCACAGGUGUAAUCCCCAGAGCAGCUCCUGGGGGAGGUGUCAUUAUGCCAGUGAGGAAACCAAGGCUCAGAGAAGUAAGGCAGCACAGGUCCCAGCCCCAUGCCCACAGCUCUUUCCACUCCACCUCUUAAGGCCUGACUCAGCCUUAGGUUCAGAGAAUGCAACUGUGAUUUUUCCCUGAGAUGAGCAUUCAAUCAUACUGCGCCAGGGUACUUGCUGUGGCCAAAACGCCUGCCCUGGAUCUGUGGCAUGACUUUGUGUCAGACCCUGUGCGACAGAAGAUGGAAGCUGAGGUUCAGAGACGUUAAUGACCUUGAAGGUCCGGGUCACAGAAAAUGGCACAACCGGGAUUGCAACUCAGUUCUGCCCAAUUUCAAAUCUACCUUCCUGCCACCUCCUUGCCUUGCCUAUUGCCCUCCUCCCUUCAUAUGACCUGGGACCCAGACUCCCUGGUUUUCUGGAAAUAUUCUCUCUCCUUUUGGCUCAUUCUGCGCACAGUCCCAGUUGGUGGUAUUGAGGCACAGCUCUGCCCAGAUCACUCUCCGGCUCAGCUGCCCUGAGCUCCCCAGCCCCACCUUUCAAGUUCAGGAAUGACUUAUUUCCUUUUCUCUUCGCCUGUCUGAAUCCUCUCCAUCAUCUGACAGCAUUUUCAGCUCACCAGGCAUUUAAUUGUGUGCUGUCUUGUGACAGCCCCUGUCCUGACCAUUGUCCCAGAGAUUUAACCCUUUGUGUUUUUCUGUUAGCUUGCCAAUGAGGACAUGGCCCAUUGUCUUGGACUUCUUGCCACCCUCCAGAAUGCAGGUCUUCAGGGAGCAGCUGCUAAAUUCCCGACAGAACUGGCAGUUUGUCCAGUGAUCACCAGCAGACACUGUACCAGAAACAUUGUCUCCAUCUUAGUUUCAGUUAACUCAACAUGUUUUUGAGACCUGCUGUGUGCCAGGCAUGCGGGCAGGGGAAGGAAGACUAUGGUGAAUAAGAUUGCCCACAGACCUCCAGGAACACACCUGUAGUGAAACACAAUUGAGCUUACUGGCUCACUGCAAUGAGGAAGCUUGGCCACCAUGGAUUCUGGGGCAUCUCAGUCAGAGGGUAUCAAAGAGGGCUAAUUCUAGGAGUUGGGUUUGAGUUCUUGGGUUAGGUGAUUUACGGAGGGCUUAAGGAAGCAGGCUUCGCUCUGGAUGGGAUGCUGCCAAAGAGCGGGAGUAUUUCUAUGACUGGGCAUCUUAAUUCUUAGCUGGAAGAUGAGAACGACAUAGCGAGGCCAAGCUGUGAUUGGCCAAGAAGCAACAGUUGCUCAUACUAACCAGAUGAGGGAUGUUUGGUCUUUUUUGUGGUUUGGACGAUGUUCUUGUUUUGGUCUGUGUUUGGACAUGAUUAUGGGGUGAAUGGUCUUGGUUUUCUCUCACUCCAUCUUGGUCAUAAGGCGGCCUUGCCUGAUCAGGGGUUCUGUGAAAUGCUUAUGCUCCAUGGCAGAUCCUCCCAGCCCCACUGUGAGUGCCAGGCCAGCUCUCGGCGCUCAGGGGCUGCCUUCAUCUUUCUCAAAAUGCUGCUGUGCUUUGCAGCCCAUAAUAGCAUUUUACUGGAUGCCAUUCAUUAUUUUUUGUAAAUGAAAUUCUUUCCAAGUGUUCCAAUUUACUUGGCUAUGUAUGUGCAUGUGUGCACACACACGUACUUAAUUCCGUACAUGGAACACACUGCUCAGUUGUGAAAAUAUGGGUGAUUUUCUUUCUUUUUCUUUUUUUUUUUUUUUUGAGAUGGCAUCUUGCUCUGUCGCCCAGGCUGGAGUACAGUGGCGCGAUCUCAGCUCACUGCAACCUCCGCCUCCCGGGUUCAAGCAAUUCUCCUGCCUCAGCCUCACGAGUAGCUGGGAUUACAGGGGCCCGCCACCACGCCCAGCUAAUUUUUAUAUUUUUAAUAGAGACGGAGUUUCACCAUGUUGGCCAGGAUGGUCUCAAUCUCUUGACCUCGUGAUCCGCCCGCCUCGGCCUCCCAAAGUGCUGGGAUUACAGGCGUGAGCCACCGCGCCCGGCUGUGAUUUUCAUUUUAAGUUUCUUCUAUUUGCUUUUAUAAAUAUUUCACAUUUUCUGUGGUGCAAAUGGGAUAGUUGCUACUUUUGAAACCGUAAGUUCACCCCCAACAAGCACUGUUAAGUUUAUAAAUAAAAAUGAAUAAGAUAUGA